UUCUUUCAAAACCCUUCACUAGAUUUCCUUUCGCUACUUUAUCUAUCUCCUAAAGCUAUCUCCAACUUUCUCACUACUAUUUAGCUUCCUCUUCCUUUUCAUUCUCUUCUCCACUUUUCAAACACUUCUGCCUUUUCUCGCUAUUGUUUUAUACCAAUUUCUUGAUAUAUGCAUCAAAUGAAUUAAAGUUUUAGACUUUUUGUUCAUUCAAUUUCAGUACUUUGGGCAAUUGGACAUCUCUUUGUUGAAGCUGAAAAGCAUAAUUAGAGUGGAAAAGGAGAAGGUUCAUGGCACCAAGAUCAGGCAGGGGAAAGGGAAACAAAGCUAAGACAGACAAGAAGAAGAAAGAAGAGAAAGUGAUUCCCAGUAUUCUUGACAUAAGUGUCGUCACUCCCUAUGAAACUGAAGUUGUUCUCAAGGGCAUCUCAACGGACAAGAUACUGGAUGUGAGAAAGCUAUUAGCUGCCAAUGUUGAAACAUGUCAUUUCACAAACUAUUCUUUGUCUCAUGAGGUGAAGGGACCAAAACUAAAUGACAGGUUAGAUGUUGCGACUCUGAAGCCAUGUUUGCUGAGGAUGGUUGAAGAGGACUACACGGAGGAGUCUCAGGCCGUGGAUCAUGUCCGGAGGUUACUCGACAUCGUCGCGUGCACCACACGCUACGCCAAGGCCAAAGCCGGAAAAGUCACCACUCCCUCCGCCGCCAGCUCAGGUACGGAAUCUCGGGCCAAGAAGCACAAGGCGCAGCGAAAUGCUUCGAGCCGGCCAGCCUCGCCGUCCGAUGGAGUGGCACCUUCAUCGCCGUCAGCCUCAGCGGCGCAGGAAGAGAAUGAAAUGGUGGCGAUUCAUCCAAUUCCUAAGCUCUCUGAUUUCUACGAGUUCUUCUCUUUGUCUAACCUCUCUCCGCCUAUACUAAGUUUGAAAAGAGUUGAUUGUAACGAUGCUAAAACAAGGCGAGAUGGCGACUAUUUCGAAUUACAGAUUAAGAUAUGCAAUGGGAAGACAUUACAAGUGGUUGCAGCAGCAAAAGGUUUCUACACGUUGGGGAAGCCACUUAUGCGAAGCCAUUGCUUGGUUGAUCUUCUGCAACAGCUCAGCCAAGCUUUUGCUAAUGCAUAUGAAUCCUUGAUGAAGGCCUUUACAGAACAUAACAAGUUUGGUAAUCUUCCAUAUGGUUUCCGCGCCAACACAUGGCUUGUCCCUCCAUCCGUCGUUGAUUCUGCGUCAAACUUCAUCCCCCUUCCAGUGGAAGAUGAGAGUUGGGGUGGCAACAGCGGAGGUCAGGGAAGGAACGGAGAGCAUGAUUAUAGAUCAUGGGCUACAGAUUUUGCAGUACUGGCAAACCUUCCUUGCAAGACUGAAGAGGAGAGGGUGGUUCGAGACCGAAAGGCUUUUUUGCUUCAUAAUCUUUUCCUUGACGUCUCUAUUUUUAAAGCUGUCUCAGCCAUAUACAAAGUCAUGGAUUCUACUUCUAGGGGUACCUCAAAUUGUGCUUUGGGUUCAGUACUCUCUGAGGACUGCAUUGGUGAUUUGUCUAUUACAGUUAAGAGAGAUUUCGGGGAUGCUAGCCUGAAAGAAGCCAAAGUUAUCGGCAGUAGAGAUUUUAAUGAAUCUGCUGAGGAUGUCGCUCAAAGAAACUUAGUUAAAGGGGUAACUGCCGAUGAAAGUGUUGUCAUACAUGAUACAUCCUCAUUGGGCAUGGUGUCAGUGCGACAUUGUGGUUACACUGCAAUUGUGAAAGUUGUUGGUGACAUUAAGGUGGAUAAGAGUCUGCCUCAGGAUAUCAAAAUCGAUGACCAACCAGAUGGGGGAGCCAAUGCACUCAACAUCAACAGCUUACGCCUUCUGCUCAACAAGCCAAUGACUGCUGGUUUUUCUGGAGGUGGUCAAUUGCCCCAGUCUGAUUUGGACGACCAUGCAAAUUCAAUGACUUUGGUCCAUAAAAUCAUUAAGGAUGGUUUGAGUAAGUUGAAGGGAAUGGAUGAUAAAUCCAAAGGGUCCAUCAGAUGGGAACUUGGUUCUUGUUGGGUUCAACAUCUACAAAAGCACGAAACACCGUCAGAGGACACAGUUGGGAAUGAUGGUAAGGCUGAACCCACAGUUAAGGGACUUGGAAGACAGUUUAAAAUGCUCAAAAAGAGGGAAACAAGACCAAGUAAUGUAAGUUCCAUGGAUGACAAUGAAGCAGUUGAUGUGACAGCCAGCACUCUGAACGCAGAAAGUGGCUCGACGGAACUUAGCAAUGGCAAACCUAAGUGUGAAACUGAAUGGAGGAGAUUUGUCUCACAAGAAGCUUACCUUCGUUUGAAAGAAAGUGGAAUGGAUCUUCAUCUGAAGUCAGUGGAUGAACUUGUCGAAAUGGCACACAAGUAUUAUGAUGAAGUUGCUAUCCCGAAGCUGGUUACAGACUUUGCAUCGUUGGAACUUUCUCCAGUUGAUGGACGCACCCUUACCGACUUCAUGCAUCUAAGGGGUUUACAAAUGCGUUCUUUGGGUCGUGUGGUUGAACUUGCAGAGAAGCUUCCUCACAUACAGUCGCUUUGUAUUCAUGAGAUGGUUACUCGAGCUUUCAAGCAUGUACUUAGAGCUGUCAUUGCCUCCAUUGACAAUGUCGCCAACUUGUCAGCUGCUAUAGCAUCAUCCUUAAAUUUCUUGUUCGGGUCCUCUACCACAGAAGACAGUGAUGAAAACCACAUUCUCAAGAUGCAAUGGUUAAGGGAAUUUCUUUUUGAAAGAUUCAGUUGGAGAUUAAAAGAUGAAUUCCAACAGUUGAGGAAAUUGUCGGUCCUCCGCGGACUUUGUCAUAAGGUUGGACUAGAGUUGAUUCCAAAAGAUUAUGAUAUGGAAAGCCCAUAUCCGUUCAGUAAAACUGAUGUUAUCAGCGUAGUGCCUUUGUGUAAACAUGUUGGAUGCUCUUCUGCUGAUGGACGGACUUUACUAGAAUCAUCUAAGGUUGCCCUUGACAAAGGGAAGUUGGAAGAUGCUGUAAUGUAUGGAACAAAGGCCCUGGCAAAAUUGAUAGCUGUAUGUGGCCCCUAUCACCGUGCCACUGCAAGUGCAUAUAGCCUCCUGGCCGUUGUCCUUUAUCACACUGGAGACUUCAAUCAGGCAACAAUCUAUCAACAGAAGGCAUUGGAUAUCAAUGAGAGGGAGCUAGGACUUGACCAUCCAGAUACAAUGAAAAGUUACGGGGAUCUUUCUGUAUUCUACUAUCGUCUCCAGCACAUUGAGUUGGCUCUAAAGUAUGUCAACCGUGCCUUAUUUCUUCUUCACUUUACAUGUGGACUAUCUCACCCAAACACAGCUGCUACAUACAUAAAUGUGGCUAUGAUGGAAGAGGGCAUGGGAAAUGUGCAUAUUGCUCUUAGAUAUCUACACGAAGCCCUUAAGUGCAACCAAAGAUUACUGGGAGUAGAUCAUAUACAGACUGCUGCCAGCUAUCAUGCCAUAGCUAUAGCUCUUUCUCUCAUGGAAGCAUAUUCACUGAGUGUGCAACAUGAGCAAACUACAUUGCAGAUUCUUCAAGCAAAACUAGGAGCAGAGGAUCUCCGUACUCAGGAUGCUGCUGCAUGGCUUGAAUACUUUGAAUCAAAAGCCCUAGAGCAGCAGGAAGCUGCAAGAACUGGAGCUCCAAGAUUAGAUGCAACCAUUGCUAGCAAAGGUCACCUCAGCGUGUCAGAUCUAUUGGAUUACAUUAGUCCUGGCCAGGGUUCAAAGACCAUUGAAGCACAGAGGAAGCGACGUUCAAAGGUGUUGCCAGUAGAUGAUCAAUCUCAAAAAGGACAGCAUGAUGGAAGAAGUAACAGCCCCUUGGAUCAUGAUGUUACAGAAAAUCCUGUGACUGUAGUAGAAGUUAACAAGAAAGAAGACGACUCAGAGAGGGUUGCUACUCAAGAACUUGAAGGCGGUAAUAGCACUAGAAAUGAGGAAUCAGUGGAAAUAAAUGAAGAAACUAGCUCUGAUGAAGGGUGGCAGGAAGCGAAUUCGAAAACACGGACGGGGCAUGGUAGUGGCAAGAUGUUCAACCGAAGGCAACCAGGUCUUGCCAAGAUCAAUACAAACUUGGAAUACUUUUUCCCCCGAGACAGCAGUUCCAGGAAAGAAGUUACUUCACAGAGACAAAAAGUGGCAUCUAAGAUUGGUUUAGGUGAAUUUUCUCCUGUAAAGCAACUAAAAGCUGCUAGCUUCAGUUCUUCUGAAAAGUCAACCAAACUCUCCGCUAAAAUGACUGUUGCCGAAGUUUCUCGCACAUCAAAUAUCACUGUUCCCUCUCCUCCUGCCUCUCUUGCUACCAUGGCUUCCAAAUCCUUAUCAUACAAAGAAGUAGCAGUGUCGCCACCAGGUAUGGUUCUAAAGCCUUUAUUGGAGAAAGUAGAAGAAUUAAAUGAGGAUAAAACUGAUUCCCAGAUCUGCGUUAGUCCAACUGAAACAUCAGAAGAAGAUGGAAAGCAGUCGGUGACCAUAGAGGCUACACCUGCCAAUGAUCGAGACGGACAAGGAAUCCAUGAAGACGAAGGCCAGAUAAGUGGAUCUGAGUCAGAGAAAUCUUCCCUGGAGCGUGAAGGUGUUUCAUGUUCAAGUAAUGAGGAAAAAUCUUUACGAUCAAAUGGGAGCAAGCUAUCUGCGGCUGCUGAACCAUUCAAUCCAGGUGCCUACCAUUUGACUAAUAUGCUGAUUUCUGCUGCUGUGACCAACGUCUAUGAUGUUAGAGCCAACCAAGGCAUGCUUACUGAACCAGUGGGCUUUCCAUCAAUUGCUGAGAGAGUUCCUUGUGGCCCCAGAUCAUCUUUGUACCACAGGACAAGCCAUUCUCGCAUGAAAAAUGGAUAUGUGAAGUACCAAAGUCCUGUUGCUGAAAUAAGCAGUUAUGAUUAUCCAAGAAUCAUGAAUCCACAUGCACCUGAAUUUGUUCCAAGUAAAGCACGGCCGACGAGUGCUGCAACUGAAGAUUCAAGAGUAGCUGUUGAUGCUGAUUCUUCGACAGGGUUGAAUAACUCGGUCACUAUAGUUUCAGCAGAGGAGAAGCUUGAUAAAAAGGCUACAAUUGACGUCAGAAAUGCUAGAUCAACAAAAAGCAGACUACAUGCUGAGAGGGAAGAGCUAGCUAGGCAAAUACAAAGUAGCUUCAUUGUGAAGUCAAAACAGAACACUUCAGAUGGUCCAAGUGAAUUUUCAGUUAGUACAAAGAAGUCUGAUUUCUUAGUUAGCGCUGCUAAAGCAAGUGCAGAUGAUAGUGCAAUUAAAUUGCACUCUGGAAGUGAAGGGAAAAAAGAACUUUUGACAGAAGCAAAUAAAUAUAGCGGGGCAAAGACAGAGGAUGGAGACGGUUUUUUGCCUGUGAUAAAGCGUAGAAGAAACAGGCGACAGUUUGCCCAUGGAAUAAAUGGAUUGUACAGUCAACAGUCAAUCUGUGCUUAAGUACAUUGAGGAAAGUGAUCUCAACUAUGAAUGUGCUUCAUCUCCUGACAACCUCCAUAGGCAACUUCUUCACUAUUUGAUGCUGUAGAAAUGUGGAAGAUAAACUGCAGUAGGACCACUAAUAAUUUCUUCUAAUUUACUACACCGAGGAGGUUGCUUAUCUCGUUCACUUAAAAUAAAGGAGGAAGAAAAAUGAGGUGAGGAUAGAGAGUAGAUCAAGCUGAUAGAUAUGGAGAUGCAAUUUUUGAUAACCAGCAGUUUUAUUCAAUUUUGUGCAGUCCUUGUUGGUUGUUUCUUUCUCCAUUUUUCUUUUGUUCUUGUGAACCAUUAAAAUUUUAUCCAGCUUUAUAUGGUUAAGGUGCCCUUUCUUAAUUAGCUUCCCCAUGCUAUUGUAACUUAGGAAAAGAACCGUGAAACAAAUGAUAUUUUGUUGAGUAAAUACCAUCAUAGUUCUUGCUUCCGGA